UCCUCAUUGCUCAUCUUCUCCACCCAGGGCUCAACAAAGUGUUGAAAUGCGCCUGCCACCACUUGCAAUUGCUGCAACUUUCUUUGUCCUCCUACUGGAUCACACACCGGGAGGGCACUUACUGCCUGUGGCUGGUGCAAGAGGAAGUGCUCCUGAAGCCCACCAGUCCACCUCCAUCUCCAGCCAUGCGCUUCCUACUCUUCUCAGUUCGAUAUCCUCCAAAUCCCUCCAGUUCCAACUACCCUCAAAGGGUGUUUCCUGUGAAGACUUGAUGCCUGAUGCCUUGGAUGAUUUCGACAGUUUGCCCCAAGCAGCCCAGAUCUUCAUUCGAGCUGCACUAGCCCUUGCCUUGCAGAGCUCAGGCUGCAGCCAGCAUGCAGAAACGGCUGUCUUGCAGCUCUACAAGGUGGUGGGACAGGAAGAUGCAGAUGCAAUUUUGUUUAUGUUGGUAGGGGCCUUUAAUGCCAUUCAUUCUCCGGAUGAGAGCAAGAAGAGUGCUGCCUUAGAUUUCAACCUGGACCAGCUAGCAUCUCCACAAGCUUGGCACUGCCAUGGUUUGAUGCAGGUUGAUGGAGCUCUCCUGUAUGGACAAGUGCAUAGGACUUACAGCAGCAGGUUUGCAGCAGCUGCUGCUUGUCACCGUCUGGGAGACUCCUGUGCUGGAGUAGCUUCCAAUGGUACCAGUUUCUUCCAAGUGGUGGGCCGGGCUGGAAGCUACUUCCUACCACAUGAUGGUGCCCAUUCCUGGCUGCAUAAGUGCCACAGACUGGCAAGAGUCCAGCGGUCCACUGGCUGCUUUAGCGCAAAGGAACAAAAUGUACAUUCAGUCUUAGAGUGGGUCCCUGGGGUCAGCACUUACUACAACUUUGGGACCAGCAUCUACUUUGCAAUCCAGGGCUGCACACACCUAGCAAAAGAACGUGCUAUAGAGGGGGCCAUGGACCUGGGCUAUGAUGCACUGAUCUCUUUGACAGGCGGGGUGGGUGGCAUAGGUACAAUUGGGGGUUUUGCAUUAAAGCCAUUAUACAAAAUUGGUGUGCGUAAUUUAGCAAGCUACUUUAGCCAGGGAGAAGACUCAUAUUCUGUUCCCUCCAACUACUCAGGUCCAGUUGUCAUCAUCUAGUUGCAUCAUGACACUGUCAACCCCAGAUGAAGCCUCCUUUGUGAUAAUCAUGGAUGUUUGCAAGCUAUCCAAAUGCUGCGCUUAAGAAACCCAAAUGAUCAUACUCCAAUUUAUGUGGUCAAAAAUUGGGUAUCUAUUUCCAUAUGUGGUAGGACUACAAAAAUGGGAAAUUUUGGAUAA